CGCACUCAUCAACACAGUCUGCUGCAGGACCCCGACAUCCUCGACAGGCUGUAAAUGUACCAUUCUUGGGGAUGUGGCUCAUAAUCUUCACUUUAACUACUAUUGGUCUGUGGUGUCCUGUCAGGGCGCAGCAGGAGCCACAGUUACCACAGUUUCCAGAUGUGUGCACAGAGGGCAGCUGUUACCCAGCUACAGGAGACCUGCUGAUCGGCAGGGCACACAAGCUCUCCGCCUCCUCCACCUGUGGCACCCACCGCCCGGCCAACUUCUGCAUCGUUGGGCACCUUGAGGAGGAGAAGAAAUGCUUUUCGUGCGACUCAAGGCAGAUGUACGAUGAGGUCAACAACCCCAUCAGCCACACCAUCGAGAACGUGGUCACCACCUUCGCCCCGAACCGCCUCAAGACCUGGUGGCAGUCGGAAAACGGUGUGGAGAAUGUGACGAUCCAGCUGAACCUUGAGGCCGAGUUUCAUUUCACACACCUUAUCAUGACCUUCAAGACGUUUCGUCCUGGUGCCAUGAUGAUCGAGCGGUCCAUGGAUUUUGGAAAAACGUGGCAGGUUUAUCGCUACUUUUCCCAAAAUUGCGAGUCAUCCUUCCCGGGAAUUUCCACAGGACCCAUGGUCAGAGUGGACGACAUCAUCUGUGACUCCCAUUACUCAGACAUCGAACCAUCCACGGAGGGAGAGGUGAUAUUUCGAGUGCUGGACCCUGCCUUUGAGAUCGAGGAUCCCUACAGCUUGAGGAUACAGAACAUGCUAAAGAUCACCAACAUCAGAGUGAAGUUCGUCAAGCUCCACACGCUGGGCGACAACCUGCUGGACUCCCGCGAAGAGGUGACGGAGAAGUACUACUACGCCCUCUACGACCUGGUCGUCCGGGGGAACUGCUUCUGCUACGGCCACGCCUCCGAGUGCGCCCCCAUCGAUGGAGAACCGAGUUCUGCUGAGGGCAUGGUUCACGGUCGCUGCGUGUGCAACCACAACACGGAGGGACUGAACUGCGAGCAUUGUCAGAGCUUUUACCACGACUUGCCUUGGAGACCUGCAGAAGGACGAAACACCCACUCCUGCAAGCAGUGCGAGUGUAACCAUCACACCUCAUCGUGUCACUUUGACCUCGCUGUAUACAUGUCGACCGGCAACGCCAGCGGAGGCGUUUGUGAUGACUGCCAACACAACACGGUGGGCCGGCAGUGCGAGCAGUGUGCCCCUUUCUUCUACCAGCACCCCAACAGAGACCUGAGAGACCCCAGCAUCUGCGAACCGUGCAACUGUGACCCGAACGGGUCUCAGCAGGGCGGCAUGUGUGACCCCCGGACCGAUGUGGCCAGAGGGCUGAUCUCAGGUCAGUGUCGGUGCAAAGCCAACGUGGAGGGAGAGCGGUGCGACCACUGCAGACAGGGACACUACGGAGUGGGACAAGGCCCAGACGGCUGCCUGGCGUGUACCUGUAACCCGCUGGGAACGUUGCCGGGAGGAAACCCCUGCGACUCCAACUCAGGAAGAUGCUACUGCAAACGGCUCGUGGACGGACACAACUGCGACCAGUGUCUGCCACAGCACUGGGGUCUGACGCAUGACAUGGACGGGUGCCGGCCAUGUGACUGCGACCAGGGAGGGGCUGUUGACAAUAACUGUGACGCUCAGACAGGCCAGUGUACGUGCAGAGAGCACAUGUUUGGACGCCGCUGCGAUAAGGUGGAGUCCGGCUUCUACUUCAUCGCUCUGGAUCACUACAUCUACGAAGCCGAGGACGCCAAGCACGGACCCGGCGUGACAGUGGUGCAGAGGCCUUAUCCUCUGGACCGAAGCCCCACGUGGACUGGGAUGGGCUUCGUUAAUGUGCCGGAAGGAGCGUAUCUGGAGUUCAACGUCAACGACGUCCCGGAGUCCAUGGAUUAUAACAUUCUGAUACGCUAUGAGCCGCAGCUGCCGCAGCAGUGGGAGCAGGUGAACAUGCGCGUGGAGCGGCCCGUCUUCCAGCCUCCAAGCCACUUCGGUCACUGCAGCAACUCCAUCCAGAGCGGGGAUGACCAGAGCAUCUCUCUUCCACCUGGAUCCAGACACGUGAUGCUGGUGACGCCGGUGUGCUUCGAGAAGGGCCUGAACUACACCGUCCGACUCACUCUGCCGCUGUACUCGUCUGACAGCCACAUCCAGAGUCCGUACACACUCAUCGACUCGUUGGUGCUGAUGCCCCGAGUCAGAGAGAUGGACAUGUUUCAUGGGCUGGAAGGUGAAGAAGCUUGGGAUACCUUCCAGCGCUACCGAUGUCUGGAGAGCAGCCAGAGCGUCGUCAAAAGCCCCAUGACCGACAUCUGCAACGACUACAUCUUCAGCGUCUCUGCCCUGCUGCACCAAGGAGCCAUGGCAUGCCACUGUGACCCUCAGGGUUCCCUCAGCAGCCUCUGCGACCCAAGUGGUGGACAGUGCAGAUGUCGACCCAACGUCGUGGGCAGGAACUGCGACCACUGUGCUCCGGCCACGUUCCUGUUCAGCCCCGCCGGAUGCACACCCUGCAAUUGUGACCCUCUGGGCUCGGUCCACGCCUUCUGCCACGAGGCCACCGGCCAGUGCGAGUGCUCCUCGGGAGUUCUGGGUCGCCAGUGCACCCACUGCCGGCCCGGGUUCUGGGGCUUCCCUCAGUGCCGACCGUGCCACUGCAACGGCCACAGCGAGUACUGCCACCCUCAGACCGGGGAGUGUCAGGGCUGCAGGGAUUACACCACAGGACAGCACUGUGAGAGGUGUCUCGGCGGUUACCAUGGUAACCCCGAGCUGGGCUCAGGUGGCCGCUGUCGCCCUUGCAUGUGUCCGGACGGCCCGCGAAGCGGCAGGCAGUUUUCAGACAGCUGUUACGUCUUACCCCACACCAACGAGCUGGUGUGUGUGUGCAGCCCCGGCUACAAAGGCGCCAGGUGUGAGGAGUGCGCCCCGGGCCAUUAUGGAAACCCACUGGUUCCUGGAGGUCAAUGCAUGCCCUGCCAGUGCAACAACAACAUCAACAUGCACGACCCCGAGUCCUGCGACGCUCGCACGGGGGCCUGUGUUAAAUGCCUGCACUACACCCAGGGCUACGCAUGCCAGAGCUGCAAACCGGGUUACUACGGCAACGCUGCCACACAGAGCUGCAGGAAGUGCGUGUGUUUCCCCGCGGGAACGGCGCCUCACGCCUGCUCGUCCCCCACCGAGUGUCAGUGCGACCAGCGCAGCGGGCUGUGUCCCUGCCAGCCCAACGUGGUGGGCCAGAGCUGUGACCGCUGCGCUCCCGACACCUGGGAUAUCGCCAGCGGCUCGGGCUGCCGGCGCUGCGACUGCGACCCCGUCCACUCCCUCGGGUCCUCUUGCGAUGAGGCGACAGGACAGUGUGUGUGCAGACCAGGUUUCGGUGGCAGGACCUGCCGUGAGUGCAAGGAGCUUUUCUGGGGGGAUCCAGAGGUCAAAUGCCACGCCUGUGACUGCGACCGGCGGGGAAUCUCCAGCGACCAGUGUCACCGCGCCACCGGCCAGUGUACCUGCGUGGAGGGAGCGUCGGGCCCGCGCUGCGACCAGUGUGCCCGGGGCUACGAGGGAACGUUCCCGGCCUGUCAACCCUGCCACCAGUGCUUUGCAGUGUGGGACACCGUGGUGGGCGAGCUCACCAAUCAGAGCCGGCGUCUGGAGAGGCAAGUGACUGAACUUCUGACCAGCGGGGUGACGGCCCCCUAUAAGGAGUUGGUCGUCUCUCUGGAGAGAAACGCCAAGGCUGUCAGGGAAAUCGUGGAGAACAAGACCGCAACAGUAAAGCUGGAGCAAAUCCAAGAUCUGAUGCAUCAGAUAACUGGUUUGAUGUCCUACGUCAGUGGAAAGCUAAACACAACCGAAGAGGGCUUGACGCUUCUCCAUUACGCCAGCAACACCACAGGGGAAAACGUAGAUACUCUGAUUAAUGAGGCGAACCAUCUGGAGAGAAAGGUCCAGGAGCUGAGACAGGAGGUGCAUAAUGCCAAAAAUGCCAACAUCUACGGUGCCAUGAACACCAUUUCUACAGCGCACAUGGAGUCCAGUAACGCAGAGUUCCGCUGCAAAGCCUCCACCAGCGAUCCUGGCAACACGGUGGAGCAGUCCGCCGCCAUGAGGAAAGCCACCGAGGACAAACUGAGCGGAAGUCAGAAGGAGUUCGACAGAAAGAAUCAAAGAAACACACAGAAGCUGGACAAGCUGUCCAAAGAGCUUGAUAAAUCUGACCUGUCUUCACUCAACGAGAAGAUAUGUGGCAGUGCAGCCAAGGGUGAGGACUGCUCCCCGUGUGGCGGUCUGGGCUGUGGGGGGGAUGAGGGGCCUCAGUGUGGAGGAGAGGGCUGCGGUGGCCUGGUCACAACCUCUCAGGAAGCUCUGCAGUCUGCCAAGAACCUGGACCAGCAAAUCCAAGACGCUAUGCAGGAGGUGGACAAACUGUCCAGGAUGGUGUGGGAAGCCAACAUCCGUGCAAACGAGGCCAAGGCGAACGCCAUGCAGGUGCUGAUCAAAUCCAACCAAAGCAAAGAGCGAGUGGAGCAGAGCAACGAGCAGUUCCGCAACCUCAUCAAAGACAUACGAGACCUCCUCAACAAUGAGAAGGCGGAUGCGUCCGUGAUUGAGGCCGUUGCCAACGAGGUGCUGGCUCUGGAUAUGCCGACCUCUGCGGAGAGGUUGCAGGAGCUGACCAAUGAGAUCAGGGAGAAGGUGAGCACCCUGAGCAACGUGGAGACAAUCCUCAGUCAGAGUGCCGACGACGUCCAAGUUGCAGAAGCUCUCCUGAAGCAAGCCAAGAUGGCCAGUGACGAGACGUCCAACAUGAAGGAGAAAGCAGACACAGUGAGAGAGGCCCAGGAUGAGACUGAGCGUGCUCAGAACAACGCCACCGACGCCAUCCAGCUGGCCCAGAACAACACGAGGGGAACGCUGGACCUGCUGCUCUCUGUGGAGUCGGACACAGCCAGGUCGGAGCUGAAGCUCAGCAACACCACCGGCCGUCUGCUGCAGCUGGAGAGGGAGGUCGGCCUGCUGAGGCAGAACGACCUGGAGGUGAACAAGCUGGCGACGACGGCGGAGCAGAUCACCGAACAGGCCACGCAGAACGCCGAUAAGGCCCAUGAGGAGUUCAAAGAGGAGGUCAUAGAUAAAUUUGAGGAGGUUAAGGAGCAGGUGGAAGAUAAAGGGGAAUCGGUGCUGCAGGCGAGGAGGAAAGCGGAUCAACUGCAGCAGGAAGCUAAAGAGCUACUCGUGCAGAGCAGCACCAAGCUGGAGAAACUCGGAGCUCCUGUGGUUUUGUGUUCACAGAGUUGGAGAAGUCGUACCAGAUCAACCAGGGCGUCCUGGAGGAGAAAGCCGGACAGCUGGUCGAGCUGGAGCAAACCGUCCGUCGCAUCCUUGAUGAGAUCAGCCAGAAAGUGACGCUUUACAGCACUUGUGUGUGAUGAAACCUGCCUGGGUGCUUUUCAAAGCUCCUGAACACACUGCUCCCAGAGGACUGCUCUAUUUUAUACCUGUUUAAAUGAUACACCAUAAUAUAUUUGAAGUUGUCAGUGCCAAAGGUGUUUUAACUCAAAAAGGCCUCAAAAAUACCGACAAUGAGUCCCGAAGGAAACCACUAAAAGCCAAUGUGACCUCCAAACCUGGAAUCUGUGGACAAUUUACGACAAUCUAGCUUUUUAAAGCUACUACAAUUUGUGUGUCUAACUACAGUAUAUGACUGAACGUAUGUGAUAGAAGUAAUAGAGUUUUAUAUGUACUUGAAAGGCCAAAAAGUGUGCCACAGACAAAUAUUAAAGUUUCACCAAAUAA